AUGGCGGAUGAGGGCAUGUCUAUUGUUCCCUAUGCGUCCAAUCUUGAUGUUGUACUACGCCAUAAUGAUUCCGUUGUCGUCUUUGAUCGAGACUCCCAACAGCUAGUUCUUCGAAGUGCGGCCGAUCAUGAAGGCCAUACUCAGUGCCCAUACUGUCGCCGCCCGCUCCACGAAAGAAAUACAGGUCCGGACAACCACCAUGCGAGUGCUGGCGCGCAACCUGAAUUUAUCAAUCCUGAAUAUUUUCGCAUGCUUCAUAAUAGCCUCCCUAGCUCUGUGAAUUCGCAAACUCCUCCUCCUCGACGUCGCUUUGGUCCACCUGCGCUCGCAGAUGGCCGCUCAACCGCGUCCCACUUCACAGGGAGGGGACAGGCUGGACACGGGAUUUCGUCGGCAGCAUUCACACCCAACUACUUCAAAAAGUUUUUUGUUGAGGAGACUGUUCUUGGGAAAGGCGGGAAAGGCGUGGUUCUACUAGUGAAACAUGUGCUGGACGGAGUGUCGCUCGGACACUAUGCCUGUAAACGUGUGCCUGUUGGGGAUGACCACGAGUGGUUGGAAAAGGUACUAGGCGAGGUCCAACUUUUACAGCACCUCUCUCAUCAGAACCUGGUCUCAUACCGACAUGUUUGGCUUGAGAAUGCGAAAAUCACUACGUUUGGCCCGAGUGUCCCCUGCGCCUUCAUCCUCCAGCAGUAUUGCAAUGCGGGUGAUUUGCAUAAUUACAUCUGCGGUUCAAUGCAGACUUCUACAACAGCUCAGGAAUUGAAGGAGCGCAUUAGAAGAAGGUCGAGGGGUGGACCCGAGGCUCCAAUUGAUCUAAAAGAGCCUCGCAAACUACAUUUCGACGAGAUCUACUCUUUCUUCAAAGAUAUUACGUCGGGUCUGCGAUAUCUCCACGCAAACGGCUAUAUCCACCGCGAUCUCAAACCUAACAAUUGUCUUUUACACAAAACCAGCGACGGUAUCCGCGUCUUAGUCAGUGAUUUCGGUGAGGUCCAGGCUCAGGAUUCGAUCCGGCUGUCCACCGGAGCUACCGGGACUCUGUCGUAUUGCGCACCUGAGGUACUACGACGCGAAUACCCUGAUGGGCCGUUUGGCAAUUUCACGUUUAAAUCGGACAUUUUCUCUCUCGGGAUGAUACUAUACUUUUUGUGCUUUGCCCAGCUGCCAUACAGAAAUGCGGAUCUGAUUCACGAGGAAAGGGAGGAUCUCGACCAGCUUCGCGAAGAAAUUAGCCAGUGGGCUGGGUUUGAUGACGGACGCAGGAUGCGACCAGAUCUUCCAGAACAGCUGUAUACUUUCUUGUGGCGCUUAUUGUCUGUUGACCCGGACCUGCGGCCUUCGGCAGAAGAAGUUUUGAACGGCCUUGAAGCAGGGGCCAGCGCGAACGAGAACCUUCGUACCAAGAGAAGCAGCUCGUCUAGUCCUGAUCUUCAUACUGGACUGAGGAUCCAUCCACUUGAUGAUCCAGCAGCCCCUUCAUUUUCUCAGCCAGCACCAUCUCCACAAAAGACGUUUUCUCGCAGCCCGGUCGCUCUACGACGCAACUCCUUAUAUGACUCGAAUGGCUCGAACGGAGAUUUGGCCCCUGUUUUCGAGGGCUUGGGUCAGGCACCAGUUAGGAGAGGCUCGCUGAGUCCAGAGCGCGACCUGAUUAUCCGGCCGCGGUUCUCAAGUACGCCAGUCCUGUCGCCCGACGAGCGCCAGGAAAUCGCAGAAAGCGAGCCAUACGUUCCGCAAUUGCUGGCCCCUCCUCCAGGGCGGUUCUCUUUAUCACGAAUAUUCCCACCCAUGUUAAGUCGGCAAAUUCCAUUACCCGCCAUUCAACUUUCUUCCUUCAUCAUCAAAAUUGCUACGGUGCUGCAACCGUGUAGUCCGCUAGCGGUUAACCCUUGGGUGUUGUACUUUCUGAUUAUAGUGGCAGGGAUUAACCUGCGGACGAGAAGUCUUAUGCUGCAACUGAUAUCCCUGCUUCUGCAUAUAGUGGUGGUCAUUCUUUGUAUGCAAUUGGAGAUCCUGUGUGUCUGGCAUGGUUCAAGCGGGGCAAUGUUCACGAAAUGA